AUGAACGGAUCUUCGUACAGAGUUUAUUGUCACAUGAAAGGAAUAUCUAAAUGCGGAACAGGAGGUUGGACACUAGUUAUGAAAGUUGAUGGCGAAAAGGACACAUUUCAUUACAAUUCGUCUUACUGGACCGAUAGGAAAGUUUUCCACGAAGACGAUGGACUCGAGGGAACGUCAGAAAAAGAAACAAAACUUGCUUCAUACUGGAACACACCAUUCACGAAGAUAUGCCUCGGUAUGAAGGACAAGAGUGAGAGUGUAAAGUGGAUUCUGAUUGAACAUGAAGCAAACUCGCUUUUCGAAGUGAUCGCAAAUGGAAAAUUUAUCGAAACAAAAGUGGGAGACAAUCAAUGGAAAUCACUGAUGACUAACUCGGAAUUACAGCCCUACUGUAACAAAGAGGGUUUCAACAUUGAUGGAGGAAGGCAGACGUAUUUGCGUAUAGGGCUAGUGGCUAACAAUGGCAACGACGACUGUGAGUCGUGCAACUCUUGUAUUGGUUUUGGUGCUUCAGUACGUGGGUGUGUUGAUAACAAAAUAAGUAAUAUUGCCUGUGGCAAUAUUUAUGACUGUGGAGAAACUUACAGGUAUACCCCAGUUUCCGGAUACAUAUAUGUGCAGUAG